AUCUACAGCGUACGACGCCUCAAUCAGACGAAGUUAAUUUAAAGCUGGCUGGAAGCCCCCCUACAAAACUAGAAGUUACCGAUAGCCCGAAACCAGAACUCAAAAUGGGAAGGAAGAAGAUACAGAUUUCAAGAAUCGGCGACGAAAGAAAUCGCCAGGUUACUUUUACCAAGCGUAAAUUUGGAUUAAUGAAGAAAGCGUAUGAACUGAGCAUUCUCUGUGACUGCGAGAUUGCUCUGAUCAUUUUCAACUCUGGUAACAAACUGUUCCAGUAUGCCAGCACAGAUAUGGACAAGAUCCUUCUCAAAUACACAGAAUACAAUGAACCACAUGAGAGCAGAACAAACACAGAUAUUGUUGAGGUACAGUAAUUGAUCAUGAGAUACAAGUACAAUGUGCAAUAGAACUUUGACAUGUACAUUGCUGCAGAUAGAAACAAAAUUGGAAAAAAAAGUUACAAAUGUAUUUAUGUCCAAAUCAAUAUUGUGCCUUUGUCGUAACAGACUGUGGCUUUGAACAUUAUGCAUUAACAAUUGUAGAGCAUAAUUUUCCACCUUGCAAAAUCUUUUCCUUUGUUUCAUCCAAUAACCCUUCUUUCCUUCAAGUGCACUUUAGUGUAAGAAGUCCCCCAUAUC